UGUAUAACUAAUUUUCCGUUUAACAAAUAUUGGCAUCUCUGAGUCCUUGCCAUGGCCACCGGGGAGCAGCUUUCCCUCUCCUCGAGCGGCGGCAAGCACCCGAGGUCUUCAGACGAUCAUUGCGCCGAGGCCUCGUCGAAGCGGCGGAAGCACCAUCAUCACCAUCACCGCUGCCGCCGCCACCGUCAUCGAAGCAAGCAGGGAUGCGAGAUCGGUGAAGAUGCUCGGGCUACCUCCCCCGCGGACCAUGCGGUGGCGGGUUCCUCCGUUGUGCCUAUGCCUGUUGAUGACGAGAUAGAGGAGGGAGAGAUUCUCGAGGAGGACGAGCUUCGACCCGAGAUUAAUGGAGAGACGGUUGAAGGAUUCAAGCUCGGUGGAGGCUCUGACGCUGAAUCAGCCGAUAUUAACUCCUCUGGUGUUGAUGCUGACACUAAUCCGAUCUUGCAUGCGUCAAGUGAUACUCCAUUCACACAAAGUAUGAAGGUGUUUGCUCACAAUCAGGAUGUUCCUAAAACUGAUAUUUCUAGACGUAGUGGGAGAGCUAUAUAUGAUGAAGAUACUUUAGCCCUGAAAAUUGAGAAUGUGCCUUUGAUUAUCGUGGAGAAAGAUAUUACAUUUCAAGAAAAAGCUAAACAAAGACGACUAAAAUCAUCAGAGAAUGAUGUAAAUGACGCUAAAUUUUAUGUAACAUCAAAAACUCCUGUUUCUAGAGAACAUUCUCAUUCAAUAAAUCCUGGGAAAGAGGAUGACUUUGGAAGAAGGUAUUCUGACAAUGACUCAGAGAUGCCUGACUCAAGGGAUUAUAUGGAUUCGAGGGAUACUUGCAGAAGACAGUCUGAUAGUAACAAAUGCGUUCCUUCUGAAAGAUUGUCCAACAAGUACCAUGAAAUUGGAAGAUCUCCAUCUUCCAAAGGAUUCCAUGAUAAAGCAUCGAGAUAGGUCCAGGUCCUGUGAUCACACAGAGAGGCCCUCUUAUGAGAAGGUUUUAUGACCCUUAGCCAAUGAUGAUGAUCUGGUUGAUUCAGAAAGAGGUUCAAGGGAUGAUUCUGAAAGAUAUAAUAUGUUCGAUAAUGAUGUUGCUAUUAAUUGAGCAAGCAUUAGAGAACUACAGAAUGAAAGAGAGAGUAGCAUCACCAGGAUACAAGAUGACAGGCAUAGAAAUCAGGACAAAGAUAGGCAUAGAAAUC